AUGCAAAACCCGAGACCUAGGUUGGGGGGAAUUGAUUUUAAAAAAUUAUCUGAGGAGGAGAAGGAUAGUUUGGAAGAGAAUUUUUCUAGGGAGAAUUUUAGGGAGGUUGUUUUUAGUUGUGAGGGUGAUAGGAGCCUAGGGCCCAAUGGCUUUAACCUAGACUUUCUGAAAAGGUGUUGGAAUGUCAUUGGUGAGGAGGUCAUUUAUUGUGUUCAACAAUUUUAUCACAAAGCUAUUCUUCCGAGAGCAAUGACAAUUGCAUUCUUAGCUCUUAUACCCAAGGUUGAUAAUCCAUAA